UUUUACCAACUUGCAGAUUAAUAUUUAAUACAAAUGGUUGGUAAACAUGAUUGGUAAAUAUAUCUACCAACCUAUGAGUCUUUUUUUACAAAAUAUAAAAGUAUGGGUCAAAUUUUACAUUUAUAUUUUGGCAAAAUACAUCAAAACACCCCUAAACUAUACCCAAAAUGUCGAUAUCACACCUAAACUAUACGAGCGACCUAUUACACACCUUAACAUCUUAAAAGUGAAUUAAAUUACCCCUCCACAGACCAAAACCCCCAAUUAGUGAAUGGCGUGGGCGACACUCGCCCUCGGGUGAAGCCACGUAUUAAAUGAACUGAUUUAUUUUAUAAUCACGACAUUAUAAUAUAUUUAACAUAAUAAACCCAUUUUAAUACCCAAACCAUCCAAAUUCAAGAAUUUUGAGGGGUCAAGUAUUAAAGACCAGCACAAUAAAUAGGCUUAAAGUGCAAACGACGCCCCUGUAAAUGCCACCACUCCGCCGCGAACCACCAUUACUGCUUUCACCAACCACCUUUUACAGCCACGGCGAAAAACAAUGCUAACUCAUCUCCUCCAAAAAAUAAACCACAAACCAGCCACCAUCACCACCAUGCUCCUCCGCCAUAAAACCACUUCAUCCGAAUACGUAUCUUCAAGAAACCGUGACCCACUUUUGAAAAACUAAUGGACAAAUACAAAAACCUCUUUAAAGUCAUCUCAAUUCAAGACCUCAUUCUCGGCACCACAACCACAACCAACACCGCCAUCUCCAUCGACUUCCUCAACCGUUUAUCCCAACGCCUCCAUCUCAACCGUGGUGCCACUCAUUUCCUCCGUAAAUACCCUCACAUUUUCCACAUUUUCCAUCACCCGACUAAACUACAACCUUAUUGUACACUCACACAAACUGCACUUAAUAUCACUCAUCAAGAAAGUGCAGCUAUUAAUGCUGAUUUGCAACUGGUGGUUGACCGUUUAGUGCGUUUGUUGUCGAUGUCGUUGACUAAAGAAUUGCCCCUUAGGGCUAUAUUUAAGGUUUUUAGGGAACUUGGGUUGCCUGAUGAUUUUGAGGAUAGUGUAAUCUUGAAAAAAUCUGAUCUUUUUGCGGUUUUUGAUAGUGGGAAUGAACCGAACACUCAUGUGUUGAAAGUUGUUGGGGAUGUAAAGAAGGGGGAGUUAAUUGCAGCUGUUGAUGAGGGGAGAGUAAUGGAAUGUUGUAAAGAGGAUUGUGAGGUUAUUAAUUAG